AUGGCUCAAUGGAAUCGAUCGAUGGAUCAUCGCCCAUUCAAUCCAAAAUCAAGUUUUAAUGGCCAUAGGAUGGAAACUGGUCGUCCACCUCCUUUAAUGUCACAUGGUUAUCGCGAUGAUCCAAUGAGUGAAGCUCCAUUGCCAAGGCCACCGCUACCACCACCACCACCACCAGCAGUACAUCCUUCUCGUGCAGCAAAUCCUACAAGAGAAGAUGAUUUAGGAUAUGAUUAUGAUGCAGCUUUUAUGGAUCGACGUCCUCCUCCACUUAUGCCAGAAGAUUAUUACCAGGAUAAUAAUCCUCCAUUGCCUGAAUUACCACCGCCACAACCACCACCACCACCACCACCACCUCAUUUGAACAGACCUGAUCCACACGCUUUAAACGAUUAUCCGCAACCAUCCAUCAUCCAUGACGACCAGGCAAGCCAUCGAUAUCCUACCGACGAGAUAAUCUAUCAUGACGAUCAUUUAAUGAUCAGGCCUCCUCAUAUUGAUGAUGUACAUACUCAUGAUUAUGAAUUAAAUAGAAGAUACCCUAGAACUGAAUCGAACCCAAUUUCACAUCAAUAUGAUGAUUACAACUAUGAUUAUCCACAUUACCCAAUCAAUCAGCGCCCUCAACAACAACAGCCACCAAUUCGAUCUAGUCUUAAUGUCAAUAAAUACCCUGAUGAAAGAAUAAUACCUAAUCAUCAACCUAUUCCACCAUCACCACAUCCUUAUAUCAGACCGCCCAAUAUUGGUCACAAUCUAGUACGACCACCAGCACCAUCUCAUUCUGCUUAUCCAUCAGCUACACCAAAUGACUGGCUAUCAUCAGCACCAACACACCAACCGCCAUUGCCACCACCUCAACGACAACCAAUGUUGCCACCACCACUACCACCACCACAAGUGUCCAUUCCAUUGCCUAUGACGGGUAGAUGCGAUGCAAAGAAAUCUCAAUCUGCUCCGGAUAGUGUUACCAUCGAUAGUAUUCUCUUGCCAACAACUCGAAAUAAUAGACCAGCACAGAUUGCCAUCAUUAUCCGAGGUUUACCAGGAAGUGGGAAAACUCAUCUGGCCAAGCUAAUUAAGGAAAAAGAAAUUGCGAAUGGGGGAAAUCCUCCCAGGAUAUUAUCUUUAGAUGAUUAUUUCUUAACAGAAGUAGAAAAAACGAUUAAAGAUCCAAAUACCGGCAAAGUUACGAAAACAAAAGCUACAGAGUAUGCUUAUGAAAAAGAGAUGGAAGAUGUUUACAGAGCUAGUCUAUUUAAAUCCUUCUGUAGAACUGUAGAUGAAGGCUUCUUCUCAUUUAUAAUGGUUGAUGAUGUUCAUAAUAAGGCGUCCCAAUUUUUAAGUAUGUGGCAACACGCGAAAAAGAAGGACUUUGAGGUUUAUGUUGCUGAAAUUACCGCCGAUGCACAUGAAUGCGCCACUAGAAGUACUCAUGGAAGAACUGAAAAUGAAAUAGAGGAGAUUUUGUCUUCUUGGGAAGAAACUCCAGAACACAUAAAGCGAGUAGAUGUAAGGUCGUUGCUUCAAGAAGCCCUUAUCAAUGAGGUGGAGAUGGAUUGUGGCGAUUCUAGCAGCAAUGAUGAAGCUAUCAGUAACGAUGAAGUAUCGCGAGAAAAGAAAGAAAUCAAUUCAAAGGUAAAGUGGGCUGAUAUUGAGGAAGAAAGUCAAAGGAAACGUAGACGGCAGGUCGGUUUCGUUAUCGGAACUGACUGGAAAGAUUUGACAUUAAAUGAGAACGAAGUUAAUGAAUUAAGUGGUUCACACUAUUAA